CCCCGUCCUGGAGAUACCUCUGUCUAGGUAUAUAUAAGAGGCACCCCUCUCACCCAGCUCGACGAGUCCAUGAUUUUCCUCCCAUCGUAGACAACCGCCGCCGGCUUGAGAAGCGUAACGCAGCCGAGCCGAAUUGUACGCCAUCAGAAGAGAAAUACCAGCAAAGAUCGAGAAGAAAAACAAGAACAAGACCGGCCAUACGCAAUCGCAGCCACAAUGGGUCUCUCAGGUCAUUGCCUCUGCGGCGCUGUCAAAUACACCGUCGACGCCGACCCGCUCGUCGUGGGCUACGACCACUGCGACGAUUGCCAACGCCAGUCGGGCUCUACUUACUCGCUCGUCGUCGUCGUCCCCAAGGAUAAGCUGACGAUCACGGGUACGACCAAGAGCUACGCGAAGGCGGGGUCGUCGGGCCAGCCGGUCCAUCGCAUCUUCUGCCCCGAGUGUGGGUCCCCGAUCGCGCACGACCCGGAGGCGGCGCCGCCGAUCAUCGCCCUCAAGGGCGGGACCCUCAGCGAGGCGGACAAGAAGGCGCUGAAGCCUGACACCGAGAUCUGGACUGUCAGCAAGCUGCCCUUCUGCUCCGAGCACCUCGCCAAGCCCUUCCAGCACAUGCCCGAGUAGAGGCACGCAUAGAUAUUUUGACACCACGUCGCCGUGGACGGCAGAGAUACGGCGAUUGCGGGGGAUGGAGGACAUCCAAACUUAAAUAGCCAUCUUAAGAGGCAAUACUAAAUCGGUACAAUUCUGAGUACAGUCGCCGCUAGGUUAAGUCGACAUGUUGCGUAACCGCAUGCGAACGCGAGCGUCUCUCACACGUAGACACGCUCUCCCCAACCUCCGCCCUUUUCCCUCACGCUCGGGAAACGUACCUAGGUAAAAAUGUCAGGGUACGUCGGCUUCCUCGGCG